UAGGAAUGGCAAGCGGCGGCAGCAAUGUCGUUUUAGCCUACGAAGAUGCGUAUACAGAUCUUCACCGUCCAGCAGUGAUCAUUGGAGGAUCCUUUGCACUUGCAGCUGUGGUUCUCACUCUCUUUCUCGUUCUCCAACAUCUCAGAUCAUAUACAAAUCCUGCUGAACAAAAAUGGAUUGUUGCGAUUGUGUUCAUUGUUCCUGUCUAUGCUACUGAGUCGAUUAUAUCGUUGGGGAACCCUCGAUUCUCCCUUGCCUGUGACAUUUUGAGAAGUUGCUAUGAAGCUUUUGCUUUAUAUUCUUUCGGAAGCUAUUUGAUUGCUUGUAUAGGAGGUGAAAGAAGAGUUAUUCAGCUUCUCGAAAACGAAUCUAUAAAACGGCUGGGUAAGCCAUUGCUAGAAAGAGAAGAACAACAAGAAGAAAUACAUCAGAAGUCAUUCAGCAACUUCUUCUUCCGUCCGUCUCUCAUUGGAAAAGACCUGCUCACGAUAGAAAGAUUCGGUCUCGUCCAAUAUAUGAUUCUGAAGACAUUCUGUGCAUUUUUAGCACUGUUAUUGGAGGUCUUUGGUGUUUACGGCGAUGGUGAAUUCAAAUGGUACUAUGGGUACCCAUAUAUAACAGUAGUUAUGAACUUCAGUCAAAUGUGGGCACUAUAUUGCCUUGUGCAGUUCUAUGAUGUAACUCAUGAAAGGCUUAGAUCUAUAAGGCCACUGGCAAAAUUUAUCAGCUUCAAAGCCAUUGUCUUUGCCACUUGGUGGCAAGGAGUAGGCAUUGCUCUUCUUUGUGCAUAUGGGGUUCUGCCCAAAGAAGGGAAAAUGCGGACUGCGUUGCAAGACUUUUUGAUUUGUAUUGAAAUGGCAAUUGCAGCGGUUGCUCAUAUAUUUGUCUUCUCUGCUGAACCUUACCAAUUUCUCCCGGAUCCAGAGAACAGAAAGGAAAAGGUUGCCACGGAAACGACCAAAGCAGUAGUGAAGGUAGAACAAAACAAUGAGGAAACACCAGCUGUGCUAGAAAAAACAAAAACUCAGGUGGAGGCACCUGGAACAAGCAUCAAAGAGAGUGUCCAAGACAUAGUUGUCGAAGGUGGUCAGAGGGUUGUAGAGGAUGUUGUGUUAACUAUUAAUCAAGCAAUAGGACCCGUGGAGAAAGGUGUGACAAAAAUCCAGGAGACUUUCCACAUGAAAACAGAUUCAGAUGAAGAUCAUGUUGAGUCCAAGUUGGAUGUCGAGGAACAUGUUGAACAGCAUCUUCCGGCGGAUGCUAGUCGUUCUGAGCCCCAUGUCUAA